CUUGUUAGGCGAGUGGUUCGCGUUUCGUGGGCUUUUUGUGGUCUUUACCGGUAAUUGAACAAAAAGGACUUUUAAACAGUCCAAAUAUAAUUUGCUUAGUUGAUGUUAAUUUAAGGAUAUUGUACUUAAAGAGUUUUAAAAAUUUAUCACUCAAUUAAUAAAAAAAAAACUAUUAGUAAUUAAAAUGUGCACUAUUUUGGUGCAAGAGGCAAAUUGGCAAUUAGAAGAUUACGCGAUCUUCAAAAAAUGUGGCGAAAUUACAGUUUCUCCAGAUGAACAGUUUUUUGGUCUCAAUUGCGUUUUCUGUUCAGGAAUUUGUCUACAAUUUGAUAUUUUUAUGCAACAUAUACGUGAACAGCAUAGUCAGGAUAUAGAAGUGCUCUAUUUGGAAUCGGGAAAAAACGAAAAGGAACAAAUCACUCAAAUGGAAUUGGAUUCUACUGCUAACAUUAAUUACAGUGCCAUUAUAAAUUCAAAGCAAAUGAUUUCCGAUGACAUGUCAAAUGCAAAUAAUUUUUUAACGAGUUGCGAAUUUGAAUUGCAAACACACGCGCCGCAGGAAGAAGUCGACUUGGUUUAUAUUAUGGAGGGGAAUCAACUGGAUGACGUUGUCGAGGAGAGAAGUGUCGGUACGCUUAAUAUAUUCAAUGGAUUGAAGCAGGACAAUAAUGACAAGAUUAUAUGUAGCGAUUAUGGUAAAUGUGGUGACGAAAAUUGCAUCAGUGAGUCAAUGGCAUCGUCUCCAAGUUCAGAAAAUCAGUCGAAAUCAUCAACAACACCGGAAAUGAAACACAGUAAAGAGAUUAUAGACUAUAUAUUGGAUGCCUAUAAGAAUAAGGAAAAACUAUGGAACCCUGACCAUUCACAAUACAAAUAUAAUGCAAAUAGACGAGUAUAUGAUGAAUUUUCCGCACCUCUAUUAAAAGAUAUGAAUUACUCGUUGAGUGGAAGUGAAAUAUUUUCUAUUUUAAAAAAUAUCCGCAGCCGAUAUCGUAGAGAAUUAACCAAAUUUAGAGAGCGUGGAGGCAAAUAUAAAUCAAAGUUGUGGUUUUUCGAAAAAUUACAUUUUCUACGUAAUAUUAUUGAAAAGAAAAGAGCUGUGCGGGAUGCAAAGAAUCGACUGGAUAGUACCGAAAGCGAUGCAUCAAUUGGUAUUGAUUAUGAGUUAAUGAAAUCCAUACAUGGUAGAGAAGUUUUAAGCUAUUUAAUAGAAGCAUUUCGUAAUCAUGAAAUUCUUUGGAAUCCUCAACAUGAAAAUUAUACGAAUUGCAAUAAAAGUAGUCAAUAUGAAGACAUUUCCAUACAAUUACGUGAGGAUAUAAAUGUAGCAAUGUCUGGUGAGGAAUGCUUUGAGAGUAUUCAAAAAUUGCGUACACGAUAUCGUAAGGAAUUAUAUAUUUUAUUAAAAAAUAAAGGAUUAUACGUACCCAAAUUGUGGUGUUUUGAACAGAUGAAUUUUUUAAGACAAAUAUUUGAGGAACAAAUACGAAAAAAAACAAACAAACAAACACUUGAAGUGGAAACAAAACCAAAAACAAAAUUUUUAAGAGCUGAAGCUAUAAUAUUUAAAAACGUAGAUGAAAAUUUACAAUUUAUUGAGAUCUAUAAAAACUAUUCUGCUCUAUGGGAUGUUGAUCAUCCAGAUUUCCGUUCAACUACAUAUCGCAAUGAGGCCCACAACGAAAUGUUGGAAGAAAUUAAUUUAUCUUUUAAAACAAAUUACUCACUCGAUCAAUUACAAAAGACUAUACAUCAAUUGCGUAAGGACUACUCUACCGAAAAACAAAAAAUAUUUGUAAAUAAUAGUAAAACUACAAAUUCUCUACUUUACACGAAAUUAUCAGAAUUUUUGGAUAUUAAUUUAGGUCCUUUUCGUUGUGAUUUCUGUAAAAUGCUUAUAAAAACAUCCGAUCAAUACAAAAUACACAAAUCUGGUCACGAUGGUACCUUACCAUUCAUUUGUACAUUAUGUGGGAAAGGUUUUCAAAUGCCUGGAAAUUUGACCGUACAUAUACGACGUCAUAAACGUGAUUUUCCCUAUGCCUGUGAUAUGUGCGAUAAAAAUUUUGCCACGGCUACUGAAAUGGCAAUACAUAAGCGAAAACAUACGGGAGAGCGACCAUAUAUCUGUGAUCUUUGCGGUAAAUCGUUUAAAACUUGGUCAUUUUUCGAUAUACAUCGGCGUAUACAUGUACAGGACUCAACAUUUCACUGUCCGAUCUGUGAUAAGAAUUUCUACGAAAAAAAUCGUUUUACAAAUCAUAUGAAUAUUCAUCUUAAUAUACGUAAUCAUAAAUGUAAUGCAUGUAAUAAAAGCUUCACAACAAUUGGUAACCUAAAAAAGCAUAAAGAACUUCACCUACCGGUGAAGAAGUACAAAUGCGAGUUUUGUUCAAAACGAUUUGCACAAUUUGCUAGCUUACGUUGGCAUAAACGAAAGGCACAUUUACGUCUGGAAGAUAUUAUGGAACAGUGAAGUAUCAUAUAGUAUAAUUACUUGUACAUAUUUUUAUAUUUUAAAUAACAUUACGUCAACACUAUCACAAUUAACUUCACAUUUAAUAUUGUUUAAUCACAAUCCAUACAAAAAUGUACU